GUAAUGGGUAUCCAAUGGCUGCAGUUGUAACAUCUAGAGAAAUUGCUGCUCUUCUGGGUGAACGAAUUAAAGAGUACCAGUGUACAAGAAUGAUGGACGCAGUGGGAUGUGCUGUACUUAACGUUUUGAAGCAGGAGCAUCUAAUGGAAUCUGCUACUGAGGUUGGAACAGUCCUUAAAAAUGAACUGAUGAAACUUCAAAUAAAACAUGAACAUAUUGGUAAUGUGAGAGGUAAAGGUCUCAUAUUUGGAAUAGAGAUAGUGUGGAGCAAGCAGAGCAAAACACCUGCACGAGAGCUAGCUGAUCAGAUUGUAUAUAG